CGAAAGCCUCUGCGCACGUCACAACGUGGAGUUUGAUUGGCUGUUCUUCAUGGUAGCCGAGAGGCCACGCCCCCGAAUCGUGGAGGGGAGAGAGGGAGAGAGACGGAGGGAGAGAGAGAGACGAGAAGCGGAUCCAGUAACAAUCGAUACCUCAUUACGAACCGGGCCGAAACCCCGAGUCGAUAUCGGAUUGAUUGAAGAUCGGUCGCGUCUCCUGCGGUGUGUGAGCCGCUUGCGAUCAUCGCUUCUUAUAACUCCAGACUGUUUGAAUACAGCAGCGUGUGUGCUGCUGCCGCCGGGGCGCUGUCACCAUCAGGAUCAUCAUCAUUAUAUCGUUAUUAUUAUACUGUUGUGUUAUUUUCUUUUCGGUUUGGUGCAGGCAGACAGAUCGGCAGAGAGGUAGCGAGUCUCUGUCUCUCUCUCUCUCUCUGAAGACGCACCGACCUCCCCCGACAGGGAGGUGAAGGAGACUGGUGUAGCGAGGGGCAGGGCGGCUUGCACCGGGGCACUAACUAAGGGAGAAGCCCGGAGAAAGCGCUGCAAACGGGGAGGGAGUGAAACGCAGAGGCCGGCUCGCCUGCCAUUGCUAGGGCAGGUUAGGAGACAGACAGACGGACAGGGAGGCAGACAGACGGACAGGGAGGCAGACAGACGGACAGGGAGACAGACAGACGGACAGGGAGGCAGACAGACGGACAGGGAGGCAGACAGACGGACAGGGAGACAGACAGACGGACAGGGAGGCAGACAGACGGACAGGGAGGCAGACGGACAGACGGACAGGGAGGCAGACAGACGGACAGGGAGGCAGACGGACAGGCGGACAGACAGGGUUUACACAUUAGUACUUUAACACUGGUUCAGAUAAUUCAUAUUUCCAGCAGUAAGGAAGGGGCGAAGGGUCGAUAAUCGCAGUUGAGCGCUUAUUAAUAUUAAUAAUAAUAAUAAUAAUAAUAAUAUUAACAGUAUUAUUGUGGCGUUGUUGUUGCUAUUGGUGAUCUGGCCCGUGUUUUCUUAACGGAUCACUCAGUAAGGAAGGUUGUUAAUAUUUUUCUAUAUCGCACAGUUGAUUUUUUUUUUUUUUUUUAAUAAAUCCAGCCCUGUGAUAAAUGUGAAGGUGUAAAGGACGUGUAUUAUCAGAGCGGAUCUCCCAGCAGCAGGAUUGUGGCAGGCCCGUGUUUCAUUCAUACCUCGAGUUCAGAUCGCCGCGCUGGAGUUCAGUUUGCUGACCGGCCGGCUCGUAUCUGAUCGUGCCCGGCGGCUCUGUGUGUCGUGCGCAGCUUUCAAGAAGUCCUUCUCCUUUUAUUUCAUUCAUAUUGCUAUUCGCAGUACUGUUACUAGUAGUAUUUUUUAAAACGGCAGCUUCUGAAUUCGUAUCGUUAUUAAUAUUAAUAAUUAGUAUUCUAAGAGCGAAGAUCCCGGCGGCAGCAUGAGUAUCGAAAUCCCGGCCGGGCUGACGGAGCUCUUGCAGGGCUACACGGUGGAGGUGCUGCGGCAGAGGCCUCCGGACCUGGUCGAGUUCGCGAUCCAGUAUUUCACCCGGAUCAGGGAGACCCGCAGCCAGGACGGGGCCGGGGCCGGCGGGGUGAAGCCGCUGGGCAAGGAGGUGAGGAUUUCUGAAGGCGAGCCCAUGCAGACCGAGUCGAACGGGGACGAUGCGGAACAGGACGAGGACGAGGAGGAUGAUGAUUCCGAUUUCGAACCUCCAGUCAUCAACAGGUUCAGCAGGAGAGUCUCAGUGUGUGCGGAGGCCUUUAACCCCGAUGAGGAGGAGGAGGAUACUGAACCCCGAGUCGUGCACCCCAAAACAGACGAGCAGCGCUGCCGGCUGCAGGAGGCCUGCCUGGACAUCCUCCUCUUCAAAAGCCUGGACCCGGAGCAGAUGUCCCAGGUUCUUGAUGCCAUGUUUGAGCACAGGGUGCAGCCGCAGGAGCACGUCAUCGACCAGGGCGACGACGGAGACAACUUCUACGUGAUUGAGAGGGGCGUGUACGAUAUCUUGGUGCAGAAGGGUGAGCAGAGUGUCUGCGUGGGGCAGUACAAUAACCGGGGCAGCUUCGGAGAGCUAGCGCUCAUGUACAACACACCACGCGCUGCAACUAUCAUAGCGACCACAGAGGGGGCGCUGUGGGGCCUGGUGAGUAUCACAGGGAGCAGGGUUAGCUGUGUAGCCCGGCAGUGACACACACACACAGAC